AUGAGUUGCAAUAAUCAUGGUGUUGUAAUUCCUCCAUCGAAGCCAUUUUUGCAGUCAGUGAAAUGCAGUGUGAAGGAGAUGUUUUUCCCUGAUGACCCUUUUAGGCAAUUCAAGAACCAAUCUACGCCAAACAAAAUCCUUCGUGGGUUGCAGUAUUUUGUACCUAUCCUCGAAUGGGCUCCUCGUUACACCUUCGACUUCUUCAAAGCUGAUCUUGUUGCUGGCAUCACCAUCGCCAGUCUCGCUGUUCCUCAGGGCAUAAGCUACGCAAGCUUAGCCAGCUUACCACCCAUCAUUGGCCUCUAUUCAAGCUUUGUACCGCCGUUGGUGUAUGCUAUGAUGGGGAGCUCAAAAGAUUUGGCGGUGGGGACUGUAGCUGUGGCAUCACUUCUCAUAUCAUCCAUGUUAGGGAAAGAGGUUAAUCCAAGGGAGAACCCUAAGCUUUAUAUUCAGUUAGCUUUCACUGCUACUUUCUUUGCCGGAGUCUUUGAAGCUACUCUUGGCUUCCUAAGGCUUGGUUUCAUGGUGGAGUUUUUGUCUCACGCAACGAUAGUGGGUUUUAUGGGUGGAGCAGCAACUGUUGUGUGUCUUCAGCAAUUAAAAGGGAUUCUUGGUUUGGUUCAUUUCACCCAUGGCACUGAUAUUAUGUCGGUGAUGCUCUCUGUUUUUGGGCAGAUUCACCAGUGGAGAUGGGAGAGUGGGGUGCUGGGUUGCUGUUUCCUCUUGUUCCUUCUCUUCACUAGAUACUUAAGCAAAAGAAAGAAGGCCUUUUUUUGGUUAAACGCAAUGGCACCUCUUACUUCAGUGAUCCUCGGAAGCAUUCUUGUUUAUUUUACCCAUGCUGAGAAACACGGUGUUGAAGUUAUUGGGUAUUUGAAGAAAGGAUUGAAUCCGCUAUCAGUUUCAGAGUUAGCUUUUGGGUCACCUCAUCUGGCCACAGCUAUUAAGACGGGAAUCAUCACUGGCGUCAUUGCUCUUGCUGAAGGAAUUGCAGUUGGAAGAAGCUUUGCCAUGUUCAAGAACUAUCAAAUUGAUGGCAACAAAGAGAUGAUCGCAUUUGGCAUGAUGAAUAUAGCUGCUUCUUGCACUUCUUGUUACCUCACAACAGGUCCAUUUUCGCGAACUGCAGUGAACUUCAAUGCAGGAUGCAAGAGUGCAGUGUCGAACAUAGUGAUGGCAACAGCAGUGAUGAUCACCUUGUUGUUUCUAACGCCAUUGUUUCACUACACUCCUCUUGUUGUGCUCUCUUCUAUUAUAAUUGCAGCCAUGCUAGGCCUCAUUGACUAUCAAGCUGCUCUUCACCUCUGGAAAGUCGAUAAGUGUGAUUUUCUAGUCUGCAUGACUGCUUACUUGGGUGUUGUAUUUGCCAGCGUCGAGAUUGGCCUCGUUGUUGCAGUUGGGAUUUCCUUGCUAAGAGUAUUACUGUUUGUUGCAAGACCAAGAACCUUUGUUUUAGGCAAGAUUCCCAACUCUGUAGCCUACAGGAGUAUUGAGCAAUACCCAGUUGCUGCCAAGACCCCCGGGCUUCUCAUUCUUCAUAUAGAUACACCCAUUUACUUUGCCAAUGCUUCCUACUUGAGAGAAAGGAUCUCAAGAUGGAUAUAUGAGGAGGAAGACAGUUUGAAAUUAUCAGGAGAAAGUAGCUUACACUAUAUCAUAGUGGACAUGAGUGCUAUUGGUAGUAUUGAUACAAGUGGAAUCAGCAUGCUGGAAGAAGUACAGAGAAAUAUUAACAGAAAAGGUCUAAAGCUUGUAUUAGUAAAUCCAAGAAGUGAGGUGAUUAAGAAGCUGGACAAGUCUAAAUUCAUCGAAAAAGUUGGCCAAGAAUGGAUCUUUCUCACCGUUGGAGAAGCUGUAACAGCAUGCAAUUUCAUGCUACACACCUGCAAAUCAGUUGAUGAAUUUCCCCCACAACAACAUAAUAUUGUAUAA